AAACUCAAAACUCUGUAAUCUGAAGCAUCGGACUGCAGCCGGCCGCCCGCUGUGAACUCUGGAUUAAGGAUUACUCGCCACACACAGAGAAGCACAGGAUUAUGCUUUUGUUUUGUUGUGUCCACUUCUGCCAGUGCAGGACUGUAGCCAAACCUGCAGAUAAAUGAUACUAUUACACCACGCAGGCCGUGUUUACUACUGAGGCAGAGGUUUCUGGAGCCUUCUGAGAGACGCUGGUGCAUGAAAAUCCAAGAAGAUCAGCAGUUUCUGUCGGCACCAACAACCAUGUCAUGCAGUGAGUGUUGCAGCCACAGUUUAUCCAAUGAUUGAGACCAGCACUCCCACCAUGUUGGACCAAACUGAACCAGCACACUGCACCGUGUGCUGCUGUACUUUGGCCAACAAAAUCCUUAUGGUGCUCUUCAUGGUGCUGUUGAUCUUCGCCAUCUUGUUUGGGAACUUGGUGACUCUGGCUGUGGUUCUGGGGACUAAACACUUCCACACGCCCCAGGGGUACCUGAAGGCGUCCCUGGCCGUGGCCGACCUGGCCGUGGGGAUAUUUGUGGUGCCGCUGUCCGUGUACGCCGAGGUGUACCUCAUGGUGACCGACUCGGCCCCGGAGUGGACUUCGUACAACUCGCAGUCGGUGAGUUUCCACCCGUGCAACGUCAUCGGCCCCAUCUUUGCCGGGUGCACCUUGGUCUCCAUCACGACCAUUUUCCUGCUGACGAUCGAGAGGAGCAUUGCUGUGUUGCGGCCGCUGCACAAGGACUCUGUGAUCACACGUAAAAGGACCACGAUCCUCAUCGUCCUCUCCUGGGUGGGGAGCUUCUUCUUGGCCGUGUCUCCGAUGGUCUUCAGCAGCGAGAUCGCUCUGGAGUACAACUCCUGCAGCCGGAUGUGCAAUUACGCUCUGGGGACCAUCGGCGAGUUCCCCAGCCAGGCCUGGAACAUCCUCCUCCUCUUCCCCGCGUUUGACUUCACGCUCCUCGGAGGAACGGUGGUCAUAAACAUCAUCUCCCUGUCCAGCAUCAGGCAGCACUCGAGGCGCAGGAAACACCUGGCCGAGAGCGAGUGCCAAAGCACCACCAAACCUACUUUCUCUGACAUCAAAGCGGCCAGAACAAUAGGGACGCUGACUGUGGCGUUCACCGCCUCAUUCACCCCCAUCGCCGUCUUUGUGGUCGGGAACGUUUUGGGGAAUAAAUGGUGCAACUUCUCCUUUUUCGCCUUCUGGAUUUUGGCCACCAACAGUUGCUGGAAUGUCAUCAUUUACAGUGUGAGAGAUCAGAAGUUCAGACUCUGUGCACACAAGCUCCUCAUGCCUUUUCAACGGAAAACCUCAACCAAAGGCUGAAACAUUCAAAACAUUCAGGAUGCAAAGACUUUGAGUUGAGGACUGCAUCAUUUAUACGUUUGUUCGUCAAACACAUUGUGAGUCUCAUUAAGAGACACGUCUGCAUGUUUUGUGGAUUGCUGUUGUGAAAUUACAGGUUUUUCUUACAUAAUUUUAAAGCAUGGAACGUUCGUCAGGUCACAAUUGUUGGAUUUUAAA